CUGUGGGCGGAUCCUUUCAGCAACGGUUUAGGGAGAGUGGGAAAUGGCGGCAGAGACGGAGGCUGUGCCUUCGGCGACGCCCCCCUGCUCCUCUCCAGGCCGAGACCCCCGCGUGCGGUGCCGCUCGCGCCGCUGGACGGCGGAGUUGAUGGGCCACUGCAAGUCUUACAUGCGCGCGCUCGGGGACGAGCAGCCGGUUGAGGCCGAGACCCUGAAAUGGGCUCUCAGCGAAGCCGUCUGGAACUUUGAAACGGCUGUACAAGAGAACAUGACUAUUAAUGGAAAGCCAUGGCAGGAAUCAUCAGAUGAUCUUCAAAACGGUGCUGACAUCAAACUCCUUGAAGAUCAGCUUGAUGAAUUAAUAGUGGAAGUGGCUUCCAAGCGUAAUCAGCGUCCCAGAAAAAUACAAGCUCAUGUUGUCAAAGGCAUUAAAGCACAGCAAGAAAUUUUGGGCUUCUAUCAACCUGUUGUGAAACCUCAAGAGAUAAAAGCAACACCUUCUCAAGAUUCUCAAAUGGCAAAUCUGAGGCUUUCAGCAGAAGCAGCAUCCAAACAUAUUGGGAAUUCAUUUAAGUCUAUGACAUCUCUCCUGGGAAAAGCAGAAGGUUUCUCCACGGCGUUGUCUUUGCAGCCUACCUUGGAACUGUGCAAAAUCCGCCAAGAAGUAUUUUCCAGCUCUGAAGUGAAAGCAGAGAAUCAAACUAAGGGCAAAAACCUUAUGGAACAAGUAGAAGUCAGAUCCCCAGGGACUACCACCAGCAAUUCAGUUAUAUUGAAAAUAAAGAGACCGUCAUGUUCACCACAGAAAAUGUACCCACUACGGCAAAGGAAAAUUGGUCUGGACACAUGAACCUUUUUUCUGCUUCAAGCAUAAAAGAUACCUAUCAGCUUUGAGAGAACUGUUUAAUUGGACCCUUAUAUGAAUACAUGAUUUUUCUUUUUCACAUUUGCAGGGGGAUUUUUUGCCUGUUUGAACUUGUCUACUACAAAAAGGAGUCUGGGCUGUCUUCAAAAGCAUUGGUAGUGGCAUGCUCUGGACACAAUAUGACUUGAUCAAUUGUGUCUGCUAGUUAAUGGAGGUUCUAGUUGGAUCCUCUCACUGUGUAGCUCUAAACAUUAUGUCAGAUGGAUGCACGCUUUUCCUUUUAUAUUUCCUCAUAUCCCCAUGAUUGUUCAGUGAGGACAACUUGCCAGCUGUAGAGUGUUGUUUGAGACUGAAACCUGAAGCUACUGAAGUUCCACUGUAUACUGUCACAUAGUCAACUACGAGAUAUGGAACUACUUUUAAAAAAACUCACCAAACCACUGAA